AUGACAGACAGCCACUCGCCCGGAAAUCCCAAGACUGUCCCAUCUGUGCCCACCAUCUCCACAUGCUCCAUUGCUGGCAGCAUUAGAAAUGCUAUCCACCUGCCCAGUUCCUGCCAGAGUAGGACGUGGCAACUGGUUACACAUCAAGAAAACUGCGAACUACCCAACAGUGUCCCAGUUACCUUUGCACCUGUUUCUUGUCCAUCUACCUGCUUUCCAGAGACUUCCUGUGUGGGUUUUGUUUGCCAACCCAUAGGUUCAGACGUGGCCUGCUGUGCACCUGACACCAGUGGGACUUCUCUUCCAGCUGCCCCAUGCCAGCCCUCCUGUUUGGAACCUGCUGGAUGUCACACGUCGUGCGGCGAUAACAGCCCCUGUCAGCAGAGCUCUGGCCAGCGACCUGCCUAUCCAUCAGGGUCAUGCCAGUCAGCAUGUGACACAUCAGCCCACUGUGAUGAUGGAUCCUGCCAGCCAUCCUGCUCGGAAGCAACUCCCUGUGCUGAAACCCCGUGCCUACCAGCUAGCUGUGAGGCUGGUUCAUGCCAACCAACCUGCUGCCAAGGAGGAGCGCAUCACCCCGUCAAAGGUGAAGGUCGGCUCUGCAAGUCAGUUUAUUACCAACCUAUCUGCUAUAUUCUCGAGUCCUGCCAGUCAGCUCCUUGCAUGCCUCUCUCCUGCCAGCCAUUAACUUGCAUGCUCAGUUCUUGCGGUCAAACUUGUUGUGUGCCCUCCUCUUGCCAGCCACUUCCCUGUUCACCAGCACCUUCAAUCUCCUUCAUCUGUCAGCCAGUGGUUACCUGCCAGUCCCCCUGCUGUGUCAAGAGCAACAGUAAAUCAGCUUCAUGUGCUGGCCGGUCGUUUUGUGGUAGACCCACUUCCCAUCAGAGUGGCUGCCCGUCUCCUUCUUCCCUGCCCCCUUGCUGUGUGACUGGUUUAGGCAAACCUUCCGGCAGUGGCCCCGGUUGCUGUCCACCAGCUUCUCCAAAUGUGUGCCAAGGGGGCACCAGCGUGUCCACUUCCUGA